CAUGCAAAGCGCUUGUUCUGGUGUUCUGGCGCGAGCUCGUGCACGAGCAGCGGCGUGGUGUUUGGGUGUACCUGAACGGCGUCUUAUUUUAACUUUUUUUUUCCGUCUGACGAAUAUCUUAAGUGAAAGAUUUUUUUUUUUUUUUUACCUUAGUGUCGUCUUUCACGAAAGCGUGAAAGGUAAGUUAUUUAAAAAGAAGAUAAAACUUUUUUUUUUCUCUCGUCGGACUUCCGCUGAUGACAAACGAAGAGACUGCGCCCAGGUCGACAUGGCAGCAGUACUGCGUUUGGAGGGUCUGAAUGAUGAAGCAGGACCUGAAGACAUUCGCAGGUUCUUUCAUGGCUUAACCAUCCCUGAAGGACGAGUCCAUAUCAUCGGUGGCAAGACAGGCGAAGCGUUUAUCUUCUUCCAUUCAGAGCGAGCCAGACAGUUGGCCAUGCUGCAUUCUGGAAAAGCUCUCCGAGGGUCAACCGUUACCCUUUUUAAAAGCAGCGUGCCUGAGUUUAAGCACAAAAUGGAGUUGACGUUGAGGAAGAGGAAACGUGCUUCGACGGAAUGUAAACCUGAGCUUCAGACCACGAAAGAGCUUUACAAAGGUCUGUUGCAUGUUGUUAAAGGAUUGCAAUUUUCACCAGUUAGUCCAGUCACCAAUCGAGACCAGUCUCCACCAGUUAAUCCCAUGCAAUUAGCAAAUACACCAAACUUGGGUGAGGAUGUCCUCGAAAAGAGUCCCAUAGCAGACCAAAGACAGCCCGUUAAAAAUGAGGUAAGGGCUGUGGAAUCAAUGAUGCACCAUGUGGAGGAGCAACAAGGUGGAGUGAGAGAGGUCAGGUUCUGCAAACCGGGUUACCUUUGGCUUUACGGCCUUCCAAAUACGAUCACCAAAGAGGAAGUCUUCCAGUUUCUUGAAGGACUCAAAGUGGUGGAUGUAAUAACGGGUAUGUUUCAAGAGCAAAGGCAUUGUUGUCUAGUGAAAAUGGCCAGUAUUAAGGAUGCUAAAGAGGGCCUGAAAUACAGCUUAAAAAACCAAAGGGACUUAGGUUUCCAAGUUAAGGUCAGACUGGCCCAUGAAAGAAUGUGGGAAAACGCCAUGAAGCUCCGUGAAAAUUCCUCUUCUAACACUUUCUCAGAGCUGGACAGAUUCUCUCCUGAAAGGCAUUUGCUCAAGAAUUCUCCAGGUACGAGAUCCUUUUCAUCUCCGGGCUCACCAAAACGGCGCCGCUCUAACUCUCCGUCUUAUGAUACAGAGCACUACGUCAUGGUGAGGAACCUUGCUAAAAAUAUUACCAAAAGUGAGAUAAGGCACAUGUUUGCAUGUCCUCACAUACCAAACAGUAAAAUCCUGCAUCUGCUAAACAAAUGGAAGGAACGAACAUCUACUGCCUUUAUAAUAUUUUCCCAGUCAGAAGACUAUACUUCAGCCAUGAACAUGAAUGGCACCGUGAUGCACUCGAAAAAAAUUGACGUCUCCUCCAUUACCAGGGAAAAAAUGAAAGACCUGAUGUAUCAAAACCAAUACGCCGAAUCGGAAAGGCCACGGCCUGGCAGCUCCCAAAUUCUGCCUGCCCUGUCUUGCAUCUACGCACGGAACUUCCCCGCUGAUGUGAGCAGAGCAGAGGUGAAGGACUUUUUCAGAAUGUAUAACAUCGGCGAAGAGGACGUCAAAUUGCUUGAGGAUGAAAACGGCAACGGAAUUGGCGAGGCUGUUGUUCAGUUUGCAUGCGAGGAACAUGCCAGAGAGGCUCUUGGUCUUCACGGAGAGCGCUUCAGGCGAGAACCAGUUCUGCUUGCCUGUAUUUCACCGCAACAAAUGAAGGAAAUCUUGCACAAGACUCGAUGAACUCACAAUUUGGGGCAUCCUAGUUUACGCUAUGACGCAGUGCCUUUUCAAACAUGUAGAAGAAGGACGGGGAAUAUCCUUUGGACAAUCAGUUUUGUUUUGGGUUUUUUUUACAGCAAAGGAAGCACUUGCAUUAACAUAAAAUGUAUAUAAAACUAAAAAAAAUUCUCUGGGACUGAUUGAAUAUUAAUGAAUGUACAAAAUGCCAUGUGAUGUAACAUUUUUCCAAUGCUAUUGAAAUGGCAAUUUAUGUAUCUGUAUAUUACUGUUUGCACAAUAAACCAAAAAAUCUUUAAAUAUCA